AUGUCUGUUGUCUGUAUUUAUAGAUGGAGAGAUACUAAUUGUACCUUUUUUGAAUCUCACCAUGUCCUAUCGUUCCAUUCCAGAGAAGGCCGCCGGUUGUUUAUGUGCCACAUACUCGUAGUGCUGCUGGUACCAAUCGUGGCCGUGGUGCUGCAGAACAGCAUCCUUAUGCGGCAGCAAAUGACGAAAUACGAGACGACCAAACGUGUACAUGAAGAGAUCCGAAUGACCAUCAACAUGACCGAGCUGGUGCGGGUCGUGCAGAAUGAGCGCAAACUUUUAACCUACUUUGUGCUGACCCGGAAGAACCGAACCGCCGUGGAGGAGGCUUUCAUCGACACGGAUCGAAUCCUGAGCGGACUAAUUGCGCUCAACCAGCAAUGGGACAUCGAGUUCAACGAGAGCUCCAACCAAACAAUCGCCGGAGAUUUGAGCGAAACUAGGGAUUUAUUGCUAAGGCCCGAUUCACCAGCAGAAGAUCUGAACAUUUCUGUUGCGAACUUCUUCGAACCCUACAACGACCUUAAUCGGCACCUGCUGGAUCAAAUCAGCCAAAGUGGGUACUCAUUGAGUGGAGUAGUUUGGCGACAACUCGUCGUGUACAAGAACUUAAUCGAAGCUAUAGAAAACAUCAACAUAGCCGCCAUUUUGGUUUUGCAGUUCAUCAAAAGAAGCCGUCUGGGCUUGGAUGACUUCUCGCAGUUUGUACGGAGAGACGCCGCAGCCAUGGAUCAUCUAAGAUCUGCGGAAAAUUUUAUGGAUAACCUUGAAAUCACAAAAAGCAAAGAAUAUGCCGUCUUGAGCAAGUGGCGGCAUCAAGUUAUGACAAAUUCGACUACUGUUGGUCGAGAAGAGGGCCUUGCUGAAUAUUACCAAUCCGUGAACAAGUUGAUCCAGGACAUGAUUGCCAUUCAGAAACACCUUCAGAAAAUGGUUUUAGAAACUGUCGACCUGGAGAUGGGUGAGGCUAGACUUUACCAAUCAAUCUCCAUUAUUCUUGUACUUCUGAUCGUCGUCGUCAGUCCGAUCCUAGUCAUUUUGGUUCGAAACGCUACUGACACAAUUCAGGAUUUCUCAAAAGAGCUUAUCACCCGAACCCUGGAGCUACGCUGUGAAAAGAGCAAAUCUGAUCGCCUGCUCUAUCAGAUGCUGCCACCGGCGGUCGUCCGUCAGCUGAAACAACAGCGCCAGGUACCAGCGGAGACGUUCGAAUCGGUAACGAUCUUUUUCAGCGACAUCGUGGGCUUUACGUACAUCUCGGCCGUCAGUACCGCGAUGGAGGUGGUUACCAUGCUGAACACGCUGUACCGGCUGUUCGACACCAUCAUUCUGAAGUACGACGUCUACAAGGUGGAAACCAUCGGAGAUGCGUACAUGGUCGUAUCGGGACUUCCGCAGCGCAACGGAGACAAGCACGCGGGGGAGAUAGCGAUGAUGUCGCUGGAUCUGCUUUGUGGCAUUGCUGGCUUUAUCAUACCGCACAUGAAGAACCGCACGCUGGAGAUUCGCGUUGGGGUGAAUACGGGACCGUGUGUGGCCGGAGUGGUUGGGACGACCAUGCCUCGCUAUUGUUUGUUUGGGGACACUAUCAACACUGCAUCCCGAAUGGAAUCCACUGGAGAGCCCAUGAAGAUCCACCUCUCGGAGAACACCAAAGCGAUCCUGGACAAGCUCGGUGGGUUCAAGAUCAAACGGCGCGGCACGAUCGAAGUCAAAGGAAAGGGAUCCAUGGAAACGUUCUGGCUGGUGGGGCACACCGCAUACGAACAUCUUUCACCCGAUACGGUCAUCCUGAUCUACAAACCCGAAGUGGUGACCGAGCCGGACUUCCUGCAAAAUCAUCUACUGACUGAACGACAACCCGGACAAUCUUUAAUCGGCCAGCAAGUUGAGGAAGCGCACUUUUCGUGAAACGAUUUGAUGUUAUCAGUGUGUGAGUGUAUUUGAGGUUUUCGAUGGUCACCCGUGGGGGUCGUUCGAAAAUUACGUUCAAUGUUUGAGUAGGGUUUCCAAUUUGAGACAGGGGGAGGGGCGGGGGUUUUCUCCUUUCCUUUCGUAUAACGUACAACUAGAAAAAAAAAAUACCUGAUUGCAUUUCAGCACCAAUUUGUUUAUCUACGGAAAAUAUUUAAAUUUACUAAUACUGAAGUUAAUGCUCACUAUGUUAUUGUACAAAUAGAGUACGAAAACGUCAAACCAUAAUAUAAAUGACAGAUGUACGUACAGAGGGGGAGGGUUAUUAGUAAUUUGUGACAGAUAGUGACAGGAAGGGGAUU